CUCCUCUUCUGCUCAUCUUUUCCCUGUCUGGAAGCCUGCAGCACAGCCAAAGCGAGCUAAAAUGGCAGGCGAGGACCAGUAUUAUAAAAAGAUUGAAACUAUUCAGCGGACUAUGCAUAAAAGGUAAGGUUUCGCUGUUUCUUUGUUGUUGUGUUUUUUUUUACAGAAGCGCGGCCCGCUAGACCGCGGGCUCAAGUCGAUACCCUUACCGCCUUGGUUGCGUCCGUUUGCCGCUUGGGUUCGGCGAGGACUUCGCUAGCUUUAUCUCAGGGGCUAUGGCUAACAGCGGUAACUUCUGGACGUUUUCCUCCAUCAAGAGAAGCGAGAAACGAAGAAUGGAGCUGGAGAGGGAACUGUUUGCUUUCUCCAGAUCAGAUACGAGAAUCAUGCAGAUAAGAUGUUCCAAACUGCGCAGUUAUCUCAAAGAAAUCUGUGACAGAGAAGCACGGGCAAAAAUGAGAAACCUUGAACUUCAGAGAGAUGUGAAGAGCAUUGAAAUUAGCAUGAAGGAUUAUAAUCCUGACCUGGGUCGCCUGGAAAAACAAAAGGCUGACUUUUUGAAAAGGAUUUCCCAAUUUAAGGAAGUAAAUAAAAACAUGGAGACCAACUUGAAAGCAGAAAAGAUUGAAACUGUGCAUAAACAGCAACAGGAUGUCAUUUUUUCUCACUCGGUGAAGGAUUUUGAACAAUCACCAGUAGGACUUUUUAUAGACCAGCGGACCUCUACAGGCCCCGACACUGAAGCUGGCACCACAAGUGUACACUCACACCAAGCAUUGCAUCGUUCACCCAAUCACAGCGUGCACUCCCGUGAAUGUCUACCAAGUGGCCUUUUGAAGAACUUCAGAGUUGGCGGAGAGGAUGCCGCCAGUAAGCGAUCGCAUUUAUCAGUUGACAUUUCAGGCUCAAACGAUUCCCCUGACGGCUGCAAUUUGAGUGACAAACAUGAAAGAACGCCGGGGCUGCUCCCAUCUGUUCGUGCCUUAACAGCCGCAGCUGGUAGUGUGGCUUUUGGAAGUGAUGAUGAACAAGAAACUUCCCCUCCGGUGACCUUGRCAGGGUCUGAGAAGAAUCAUUCUUGCAGUAACAGUAACCCGACGAGGGCUAAGAAUCCCCCUGCAGAACACACCAACUCGCAAGAGGUUGUUCACGAAGCACUCAUAAUGGGAGAUGAAGAGAGAGGUCUUGGCCGUUUGAUACCUGAAACCACUUUUGGAAAAGAAGCUCAAGAGACACCAGGUAAAUGUGAGAGUGUCAGUGAACCGAGCUCGGAUGUGCAGUUGUCAGAGAGCAGUGCCAGUGACCUGACAAUUUCUCUGACACAAUCUGAGCUGGAGGAGGAUUUACCAGAGGAUGUAGCACCUGAGAGAAAUGCCUCUCACCGAGAAAUGGAUGAUCACAAACAGCACUGUCCCGAAUCAUCCCUCCACUCCAACAUGUCUGCAAACACACCACAGCUGAAUAGUGAAUCCUCAGCACCAGCGGUGACCUUGAAAAGCCUCUCUGUUGAAGGACUCUUUAAUCUGCUAGACUGCAUCGAAGGACGACUCUAUGCUGAGCGGAUCCCUGUGUACAGGGAUUCUCAAAUUGAAGGAACGCAAUUCAACAGAAUCAUCAGCCUUUGUGACGCUGGAGCAGGCUUGAAUGACGAGGACCUUGRAGCAUGUGGAGCAGUCGUCCUUCAUGAGCUUCAGAGGUUGUCAUGGAGCACGGAAAAGGGCUGCCUGCUUCCACAGGAUGUAGUGAGUGCACAUCAGUCCAGCRCUGAGCCUAAUGACGUAAGCACCAGCCUUCCUCCCAACGUGGCUCGGCUGUGGGAUCGCUGGUUCAAGCACGCCCUUGUGCUCAAGGAGCAGCGUGUUCUCAGCACCGAGCACUUGGUCCGACUGUUUACGCCGCUCUUACUGAGGCGUGAUGCCACCUACAGCCAGCAGGCCAAAGUGUUGCUGAGGACACUUCUCUCGCGGUCCAGUGAGGAGUGCCCCUCGGCGGAGGACAAGAGUGACUUAUCUUCUUUGCGGGGUUCUUCUCCUCUCUUGGCCGACACUGAUGUGAAGCCCGCCCAAACAGUAUGCAAGCAACAUAUUCGAGAACUACAAAGCACUGAAGAGGACAGCCAGGACGAAAGCCUUGUGGAAAGUGGUCCUAUUAGAGAGACAAAAGCAUAUCAGUUACUCAAACAAUCAGCCAUGCAUGAAAGGCAGCAGAGUUCUGAAGAGGAGGAGCUGAGUGGCUUUUCAGGAAUAAAUCACGGCCAUGAAGAGGACCCGGGGAGGGCCAAACGCUCCUCACAUCAAGACCCUUACCCUCGGAAGGGAACCUCAAAAGCUCAUUCAGCUCUACAGUCAAAAGCUUUUUGGAACGAAUCAGACGACAACUCAGACAUUGAAGCAGCCUUAYGUCCUCCAACGUUCAACGAUGGCGCUGGUGCCUUCCACUGAGAUAAUAUUCAAAUGUUCUGUAUUAUAUCACUAUAGAUUUUAAGGCAGGUUAGCUCUUGGUUACUUGCGCCCUGACCUUAGUUUUAGUGGUCUGCAUUGUAAUUCGUAUACACACUAUAUUGUAAAAACAAAUAAUAAAGUUGACAGCUCUCACGCUGGAUAAAGUAUGUGAAGAGUUGUCCAAUGCACCGAUGUUAA